GAUUAUGAAGCGUACGGUGCAUCAAAGGACUGGGACGAAGACAAGAUGAGACAAGUGAUAAGGCUCCAUGUUUCUGACGACCUAAAGCCCUGGAUACGUGAACAAAUAAAGGCCAAGAGUACGUGGGUCGAUCUGAAAGCCGCUAUUGUCUCUGGUGCUAAAGCCUCCUGUGAUGUUGAAGAAAAGUUGGAGCAGUUAAAGAAUAUAAAGCAAAAAUCAAACGACACUUAUUACCCUGCCCAUCAUAUCGAAUUACCCGAUCACGUG